UUAGGGAGUAAACCAGGAAUAUGGGAAAAUCCUCAGAUUAAAGUUUAAGGACUUCAAAAUGAAACAUCCUAGAAAAAGAGGGGGAAAUGAAGAGUCACAGCAGAGAACAUGUAGAAAAAGGGUGUAAUUGCAUGAGUACCACCAUGCCCAUUUCCUUGGAUGAUCUCAUUCAGAGCAAUAGGAAGGAAUUAGUUUCAACAUGCAACCCAGUUUUUUUAUGAGAUCAUGUGUGCAGAGCCUGAAACAGCUAUUGAAGAAACAGAACGAAAAUAUGCCAUGACAUCAUUGCUUCUAAAAUCAGCCUUCUUGCCUUUGAUAAAGCCCAUAUAUUUUUGUUCUCUGACUGUGACUUUCCUAUUGAGUAAACCCAAAGCUCAUUCUUCAGUUAUUUUUCUGAUGACUCAUGGGGUGUUUUAGUGAGGCUGCCCCAAGUUAGCAGCAAGUGUUGGUUCACCCUUAGGGUGGUAUCUGCUAAACUCUGGUAUUAAUUCUCUGUAGUGUAAGGCAGUGUGGACAUACUCAUCAUUUGACAGCCCCCCUUCCCUAUAUAAGGUAUAGGAAAAAUUUUGGCUUCAGUAAGGCUGAGCAGCCUCCCUUCUGUCACAGAGUAUCUACAUCAUAAUCUGUGUUCUCGGGAGGAGUGCAUUUCUAAGCAGUUGCUAGGAAAUGAGGUUUUAAGUUCCUUCCUGAGUCUAAUUUCUUGACAUAUUUUAUUUGAGAGAUCACAAAGGAGUAUCUUUUAGAAGGGCAACUGCUACUUAAAGACACACGCUUAGAAAGGACAAUGAGUUUAGACAGUGAUACGCAUCUAUUGUUCUGCUAACUGUUAAGCACUUCUCUCUCUGGAAUCAUACCCCAGUCAUCCCGUUCCUGUGAAUAUGAAAUGACUGAAUCAAUCUGAGGAGGUCAAAAAGCCUUUCAUAUCUAAAAGCUUGUAAUCUUCUGUUAGCUUAGAAGAGCAAAACUUCUGAAGUUCCUGAGAUGGCUUUAGAGACAUGUGGAAACUGUUUGAGUUGUCUGUUGAUACCUCUUGCACUUUGGAGUAUUGUUGUUAACAUCCUAUUAUACUUCCCUAAUGGGAAAGCUUUGCAUGCCGCCAGUUACCAGCUUCCCAACUACGUGUGGUAUUUUGAAGGGAUUUGUUUCUCAGGUGUGAUGAUCCUUCUGCUGGCGGUAAUUCUAAUAAUACUGGAGUGUAGUGUGUUCUAUCGGUGCUGUCAGAGUGAGAGCUGUAACAAAACCUACAGGAGUUUUAUAUCAAUUGUGCUGACCCUGCUUGGAGUUGCUUUCUCUGGAUAUAGUUGCAUCAUUUUUACCUUGGGGUUGAUCCAAGGCCCCUUCUGCAAUUCAUCAGAUGGAUGGGAUUAUAUCUUCAAAGACACUGCUGGAGGGUACCUCACAGAUUACACUGCUUGGUCUCGGUGCACUGAACCUGCUAACAUAGUGGAGUGGAAUAUCAUCUUGCUCUCUAUUCUGAUUGCUCUUAGUGGACUGCAGUUGAUCAUCUGUUUUCUCAAAGUUGCUGCUGAGUUGAAACGGACACUCUGUGGGACCUACUCUGUUUUUGUCCAGGCUGGGAUUCUCUGAAAAUGACAAGGAAAUCUUCACUGCUUCUCCAUAAUCCCUCAGAAAAAAAGAGAAAAAUGGCUUCUCCAACAUUUAUGAUAGUAGACAUGAGUGCUACAAAGACAGUGAAACCCUUGUCUUAAAUCUUCGUGUCUCAAGCCUCUGUAGCUUAAAUGAAGUUAUUUGAACUGACGUCUACAUUUUCCUGGUUGUUUUCUAACCUGUUCAGUUGUCCCUGGCAGAGACUUCAUUAUUUUUUACCCUCCAGCUUGUUCUGACAGUAGAGAGAUUUGAUUGCCAUGGAUCUGCUUUUAUAUGAAUUUUUUUUUUUAAUGAA